CUGCCGCUCUCGCCGCUCCCUAUUGGCCCGCGCCCCACGCCCCGCGCUCCCAUUGGCUUCAGGCGCCCCACGCCGCGCGCUCCCAUUGGCUGCAGGCGCCCCACGCUGCUCGCUCCCCAUUGGCUGCAGGCGUACCACGCCCCGCGCCUCUCGUUCCCCAUUGGCCGUCGGGCUCGUCCGGGCGCCGCUACGCGCCGCUGGUCAGAGGUCGGAGCGUCGCUACGGCGGCCGCCGCGGGCCAAGCCCGUGGAUCCGCGAAGCCUGUGGCGGGCAGCAUGGAGCCCGCGGAGCGCACGGAGGAGGCUGGGCCUGUCUUCACGCUGGAGGAGGUGGGGAAGCGGAACUCCAGCGGUGAGGCCUGGCUCGUCAUCCACGGGCACGUCUACGAUGUCACUCGCUUCCUGGCGGAGCAUCCAGGUGGAGAAGAAGUUUUGCUCGAACAAGCCGGUAGAGAUGCCACAGAGAGCUUUGAAGAUGUCGGGCAUUCCACAGAUGCCAGGGAAAUGCUCAAGCAGUACUACAUAGGGGAGGUCCACCCGCACGAUCGUAAAACUGAAGGUUCUAAGGACCCAAGUAUGACAUCCUCAGGCCAAGCAAGUUUCUGGUCAACGUGGCUAAUCCCCAUCGUCGGAGCGCUGGUCAUAGGUUUAAUGUACCGUUAUUACAUGUUGGACGGGAGAACCUCUUGAACUGACCUUGCUGGGACCUCAGAGAGCCCAAAAGAGAGGCUGUGAGAGAGAGCGCAUGCAUGCAACAUGUGGAGUUCUGCUUCCCUUAACUUUUUCUGCCUUGCUUUUAGCUUUGAGUCUGUCAAGUGAUUUUGAUACCCAUGGGACCAAGCUAAUACCAAACUUUAUCCUAACUCUGGGACCCACAAACCUGUCGUACUUUCCUUUUGUGGUGGCAGGGCAAGUGCAACUUCCUGGUGUUCUCUUACGUUUGUGUGUGGUCUCCCUCACGUGUGCGUGCUCGUGUGCUCGCGCUCUCGCUCUCUCUCUGAAGUAAACCACAGACAACCUUUUUCUUUCAAUGCCUUUUCGUUAAGCCAGACAAUGUUAAACAGCUGCUAGUGAGCCUGUGGAUUUGCCUCAGUCCUUCACAUAGCAUUGUCAGAAUUAAAUUGCAAGUUGUCUACUGUCCUUUCCAGAAAAGAUGUCUGGAGAUUUGGUUCCGCAGUAACUUUCCCAGUGCAUGCAGGCAACACUAAUUGGAGCAGCAGGAAAUGGUUAGCUUUGCUACCUCUUUCUGUCCGUGUCUGUUUUUAACGGUUAAACAAAUACAAGUAUUUUAAAAAUUA